UUUCCAGAGCGAGGAGCGAGCACGCUGCUGCACCACCCUCCAUCAGAGCCCCCUAAGGCCCUCCUAGGCUUGUGCAAAACUCCAGCCGGUGGAAACGUAACCCGGGGGACCACUGGGAGAAUGGCGGUGAACUGGAAGGAAUAUUUCCGACUGGCCUUAGAAGAGAAGCUGCUGGCGAAGAUACCGGAGCAGACUGUGGGCCGCGUCCCCCCGGUGCUGCGUCUCUUGGAGAAGAGGCAGGAGCUGGUGGAUGCAGACCGGAGCCUGCAGGCCCAGAAGGAGGUGUUCCAGAGCAGGAGGGAGGCCCUGCAGCAGCGCUGGGAACAGCUGGAACAGAAGGAGCGGGAGCUAAAGGCAUCCUUUGUUCGCUUCGACCAGUUCUUGCAGGAAGCCGAGGCCCGGCGCGGCCGCGCGCUGCGCAGGGCGGCCGAGGAGCGGCAGCGGGCGGGCCGCCAGGAGGCGGAGGCGCAGCGGCUGCGGACCCAGCUCGAGGAGCUGCAACGGGAGCGCGCGCGGCUGCGGAGCCGGCUGGAGCGCCUGGAGCCCUGCGCGCGCCUGCUGGGGCGAGUGCUGGAGCGGCGGCCGGAGUUCCAGGAGGUCCCCGAGAUGGUGGCGCGGUUCGACGGCCUGGCCGACACGCUGGCGGCGCUGAGGGUCACGGAGCGCGAGCAGCUCGCCGAGCUGGAGGCGGCGCGCACGCGGCUGCAGCGGCUGCAGGACGCGGGGCAGGACCGGCUGCUCCGGCACUGCCAGCGGUGGGCGCAGCUGCAGGAGCGCCUGGAGGCGGCCCGGGAGCGCACGCUGCGCUGGGAGUCCAAGUGGAUUCAGAUCCAGAACACAGCCGCCGAGAAGACCCUGCUCUUGGGACGCACUAGGAUGUCAGCGCUCAACCUGUUCCAGCAACUGUGCCAGCACCGGAUGCAGUCACCCGCCCUGGACAUUGAGGACACCGAGGGACAGCUGGAGCAGGUGAAGCUGUUCAUGGAAGAUCUCUCGGCCUUGCUGACCAGCCUCCGUCAGGCCGAGCCUGCGGCCCCCGCCUUCUAGCCCCGACCCAGGUCCUCCAAUGCCACAGCGAGAGUGUGAGGCUCAGAGAGGGCAAGGCACCUGCUCAGGGUCACACAGCCAGGACAAGCCAGAGCGCAGAUUUCAACCCUGUCCACCUGACUCCGAGACUGUGCUCCUAAGAGGACCCUCCACUCCUCCCUGGCACUCGCUGGCUGACAGGCUCUCCACCCAAGGGCUCUCCUUUUUUGUGGGCACCCCCUUCCUUAUGCCCAAGUUGGGGUGGCCAGAGGGAGUCGAGGGAAGGGAGAGGGGAAAGGCUACCAAAAGGCAGCUCCUCAGGCCUCUUAAGAGGCCUUGGGCACAUCACUCCCCUCUGUGGGCCUCAGUUUACCCAUCUGUAAGUGGCGGGAAAGAGCACCAGGGAUGGUCCCAGAACAAGGGAGGAUCUCUGGAGAUGCCAACGGAGCCAGGGCUGCAGAUUAAACAGCUGCAUGCUGAGAUGAAAAUCCCUGUGGGCUCCCGCGAUCUGAGUCCCAGCACCACAGCUGCUGCCGUGUGAUCCCCAGGCCAACGGCCACCAUCUCUGGGCCCUGAAAGCCAAGGUGUGAUCCUGCCUGGCUUCUCACUCACCGCCCGGGAGCGGUAGUUCUUGAUGCUGUCCACCAGCCUCAGCCGCUGCAGCUCCUCUUCCUUGAAGCGCGAGCCUGGCAGAGACAGGGGUAUGAGGUUGGGCUCUGUGGGGCCCACCGGCUGCCCCCUGCCCCCACGGAGACUUACUGAAGAGUGGGUGCAGGCCUAGCCCCGCCAGGUCCAGCUCCUUGGCCCUCUUGAUGGACUCGGGCGAGGGUGCUGGCCGUGAGCGCACGUACUGCUGCUGGGCAUUGUCGGCCACGCGGCCCAGGCCCUGCAGCUCCAGUGAAGCCUCCAGAGUGCUCUGCAGGCCGCCAUCCUCCUCGUCCAGGACACUCUGCGGCACCCGGCCCAGAACGCCGUCCACAGCCGCCUCGCCUGCCCCAACGGCACCCAGUCAGAUGCCUCCAGCUCGGCCCCAGCCCACCUCCUGCCCUGGCCCAUUACAGGCAAACAGGCAAGAACAGUUGCCACGAGAGACGCUGUCGCUACGGAACAGCUACUGCAGCCAGCCCUCAUGCUGGGCGCCUCAGAGCCGCAGACCAGGCCUCAGCAGCUCCAGCACAGGGGCCGGCAGCCUGGCCAUAAGUAAAAUGACGGCACUGGGUCAAGCAGGAGACACCAACUGCUGAGACGCUCCAUGUGCCAGCGUCUCCCUCCACUGCACAUCGAGACUCCGAGCCGGUGGCGGGGCCUGCGGCUGGCACUCUGUGCACACGGGCUGAGCCAGGUGCCGCUGCCCGGCCCUGGGGCAGGUCCUUUCUGCCUGGCUUCCCACCCGUCCUUCUGCCGCUUGAGGACUGUGCGGAGCACAGAUGGGGCUCCCCUCAAACGGCACACCUGCCCCCCUCCUGGGCCCUCAGGUCUGAGCCUGACUGUCCUCACUGCAGACUCUGCUUUCAAACAGCCUCGAAGCACAGAGUCCCGGGCUAGGGCACUUCUGGGGGCCACCUGGUCCCCACAGGGAGUCCCUGCCUGGCUAGACAUCCUUCCUGACAGAGUGGGGACCUGGGCUCCGAGCCAACCAGAUGGGGCAGCUGUCUUCUCUGCUCGCCAUUUGUUGGGCAGGGCUGAGGCGGUCACUGGGCUCUCUGAGCCGGGGUCUCCAGGGCUCUGGCUGGACCCCUGUUGUGACAAGAUGCUUGGCCUCCCUGGGCAGAGGCGAGGAUGACACUCCCUAUGGCACAGAUGCGCUAAUGAGGCAGCGUGUGUGCAGCAUCUGUCCCCCAGCAGCCCACAGGAGGAGACCGCCCGGUUCCUGUUGCCUGUCCCACUUGAUCGCGUUGCAGGAAGUACAGAGGAAAAUUCUGAGAGCUCAGCUUGAACAAGCCUCAGUCUCUCUCCUUCCUCCCCUGGGCUCCCCUGAAAACCUGGCUGAGUACAGGGUCACAGAUCAGUGCCUGGGGGCCGGUCAUAGGGGAGAGGCGCAGGUGGGGGCCGCAGUGAAGCCGAGGGUCCGGCCUGCCGCAGGGUGCCUGGCUGAGCCCUAUCUAGCCAGCACUCACUGCAUGAAAAGGCAGACUCGGCACAGCCAGAUCUGACCAUUUCAGAAGCCAGAAGUGUGGAUUUUUAUGUGAAAUCCUAGAGUUUAAAACAUGGAUUGUUGCCUGGGGUCAAAUCUAGCCCCACCUCCUCCUGAAGGCAGGACAGGGACGCGGUGCCAGCCAUGCCCCACCAUGAACUCCCGGGGGGCCCAGCGCCCACUCACCUGAGGGCUCCUCGUGCGAGCGGGCGAGGGCCAGGCCACGGCCCAGGAACAGGUGCAGGUCCAGCAGGUAGGGGACCUCAUCCGGGGCCACCAAGGAGUAGGCGGUGCCGCUUCGGCCAGCCCGGGCCACGCGACCUGUGGGGGGAGAUGACCAUCGAGGGAAAGAGAAGGGCCCCAGCCACGAUCAACAUGUGCCAAACCCCAAUGGCGGAAGCCAGGACAAGAGGCCCACCUCACCAGGCUGCCGUCUCCACCCGUGAAAGCAGAGGGGGACUGACAGUCGCUGGGCAAACAUGCACAGCACUCCGGGAAAGUCAGCAAAAAUAAAUGCAAGGCAUUGCUCAUAAUCGGCAUCAAAAGUCUUUGGAAUCCCCAUGUUUGGGAACGUUCCCUAACAAAAUGCUCGAGGAGGCAAAGACUCACACACAAGGAUUCUUCCUGCAGCCCUGAGUGGAACAGCCCCUAACUGGAAACCACUCAAGGGGCUAACAAAAGGGGUUAGUUAGAUUAUAAAAACAUGAUAGAAAAUCAUCCAGCUGAAAAAGAGGGUUGGCAAACUGCAGUCCACAGGCCAAGUCUGGCUCAGGCCCUGCUUUUGUGAAUAAAGUUUUACUGGCACACCGCCCUACCCAUCGGCCUAUGUUUUGUCUCUGGCUGCUUUCGUGCUACUGUAGCAGCGAUGAGUAGUUAAGGCAGUAGUUAUAGACUAAGAAGAUUUGCUGAACCUGUUUAUAACAUAUAGCGAUGGGGAGAGAAAAAAAGAGAGGUUACAGGAAAGAACAUCCAGUGUGAUUCAAAUUUUGUUUAAAUAAAUCAUUACAUUUCAGUUUAUUUCUGCAUCUUGUGAAAACAGUGUCACCACGUUUGGAGGAUCUGUUUGCAGGGUCUGAUUUAUACUGUUGGUUGUGGGGGGCUCUGGUGACUCUGGCAGGACAUGCGAGGCAGUACCCCCAGGAGCACCGGAAACCAGGGGGUGGCACUAGUAACUGAAAGGGGUUCAGGCAGUGGGACACAGCGCCUUCCAUGGGCCUCUAAGGCACAGGCUCCCGCCACAGCCCCAUCAAACUUCUCCUGGGGCGUCACCGGGCAGCCA